AUGGUCAAGAUAAUCGUGGCCGCCUUGUCCGCCGCUGUCGCGUCUGCUUUCGGCACCAUCUCCGAGUUGCCGAGAGAGAUAAGCAGCCUCAUGGAUGAAACCGUGGAUCCAUGCACUGACUUCUAUUCGUAUUCGUGCGGGACGUGGCAAAACAACACCCUCCUCUACGACAACCAAAUUAUCAAUGUGCACACCGUGCUCGCGACUGCGGCGGACAAGCUGGUCGAAAAGUUGUUGGAUGCCAAGCUGCCCAAAAUUACGGAGUUCUACGACGCGUGUAUGGACACUGACACUUUAGACACGUUGGGCUUGGCUCCCAUCGAAGACCACCUCAAGGCCAUCCGCAGCGCCAACUCGACCGUCGAAGCCAUCUUUCGCGGCGCGGCCAUCGCCAAGGCCACGGGCAUGCCGCUCUUCAUGAAGCUGACGGUCUCGGGCGACAAUGCCGACGCCACCCGCUACGCCUUGUAUGCCGAACACCCGGGAUUGCCGUUGGAGGAAAUUUUCUUCAAGGAACCGGUGUUGUGGGCCGCGAUUGAAAAGCCAUACCGCGAAUACAUCGCCACGACUUUCACGCUGGCUGGCCGCGCGGACGCGGAGGCGGCCGCCGACGUCGUGAUGGCGUUUGUACGCGCUAGUACCGGGGUACAGGAGUCCAAGCGUAGGCUCCAAGAGGGCGUGACGUCUAGCAACAACCGGUUGUCACUCAGCGCCGCCAACGCAUUGUACCCAUUGGGGGUAGGUCUCCAAUUGCAAGGGUUUGGGUUCGACGUCCACAAAGAGUGCAACACGAACACAAUCCUGCUGGAGAACCUGUACUACGUAGACGUCAUCGAAAAAUUGCUCCGCAGCUUGUCCGUCGACGAACUCAAAACGAUCAUCGAGUACAAUGUGCUCAACUUCAACGCGCCAUUCCUGUCAGCACCGUUUUCAAAUGCACACUCGGAAUUCUAUCGCAAGGUGCUAUAUGGCCACGAACCCCUGCCGCGAGCCACGAUCUGCCGCAGUGAGGUGAGUACGACCUUCGGCGAACUGGUGGGUACGCACUACCUCAAGGAAGUGUGGACGGCCGACACCGCCAAGCACAUCGAAUCGUUCGUGCAAACGCUGGAAGCGUCCUUCGAGACCGGGCUCGACAGCGCGGGGUGGCUCGAUGACACUACUCGCGCCAAUGCCAAGGCUAAGUUGUCCAAGCUCACCCACCUCUUUGGGGGGCCCAAGAACCCCAAGACGUACCCCACCUUGACGUUUGACCCCAAGGCGUACAUUGCCAACCGGAACAAAGUGUCUGCGGACAACACUGCAUUCAAGCUCGCUCAGAUCGGCACUGCCGUGGACAAGCAGAUAUGGGAGACUACUGCGCAAACCGCGAAUGCGUUCAACCAGCGGGAGACGAACGUGCUCAUGCUUCCCGCCGCCAUCUUGCAGCCCCCCAGCUUCGAUGCAAAGGCGGACCCAGCCGAGAACUUUGGCGUCAUUGGCGCUAACAUCGGCCACGAAAUUACCCAUGGUUUCGACGACGUUGGCCGCCUCUUCGACGGCGACGGCAACGUCACUCAGUGGUGGUCGGCUGCCGUAACGAAAACGUUCGACGAAAAGUCCAACUGCUUCGUUGAGCAGUAUGGGUCCAUGGACGUGCAUAGCGAGCUCACGGGUGAAUUGGUCGGCAACUUGGACGGCGAAUUGAUUUUGCCCGAAAUCAUCGCUGACAACGGGGGCCUCAACAUUGCGUACCGGGCAUACCGAGACUACGUGCACGCUGUGGCCGAUGCCACCAAGUACACCAAGGAAGCAGGCGAAAAGAUAUUUUGGAUCAAGUAUGGCCAAUUUUGGUGCGCUAAGAACAGCGAUGCGUACCUCCUGGAUUUGCUCCGCGGCGAACACCCCCCAAAUCGCCACCGCUUGAUCGGGUCGGUUCAAAACUCGGUCGAUUUUGCCAAAGUGUUCAACUGCCCUGUGGACUCGCCCAUGAACCCGACCAAGAAGUGUGUUUUAUGGGAAUAG